CUCAUGUAUAGGCUGCGCUCAGCCAGUCCCCCGUGUCAUAGCGCUCACGGCUGUACAGGGGAGGGAUAACACACACACAUCUAUAGCAUCAGUGCAUGCAUAGGCGCCUGUAUGUCCUCAGUUAUCUGUACUGGGUAUAGGGUGAGAGCUGCAGUACAGUCAUUGUGUGCUCUCCCCUAGAUCACACAGUACGGGUACAGCAGGAGCCAACAUAACUCCGGGGAACAUGAGUUUUCUUUUAUGUGUCUGUUAAUUAAUGGGUCAGCGCCUCCGCCUAUGUUUGAGUGGCUGCCUCUUUGAUCUCCAUGAUGCCAUUGUUUCGUCAGGUUGGGGAGAAGCAGCUGCCCCACGAGAUCUUGUUUAUGUCAUGGUCACCGAAAAGAGAUCUCAUUGCACUUGUCAACAAAGCUGGAGAGGUGUUGCUUCAUCGUCUGGCUAAUAUUCAGAGAGUGUGGAAUUUGCCCCCUAAUGAGAAUACAGGAAAGGACGUGACAUGCCUAGCUUGGAGACCCGAUGGCAAAAUUCUGGCUUUUGGUCUGGCUGAUACCAAGCGGGUUGUCCUUUGUGAUGUGGAAAAGCCAGAGAGCCUCCAUUCCUUCUCCGUGGAUACUCCGGUAUCCUGCAUGCACUGGAUGGAGGUGACCGAGGAGAACAGUGUCUUGAAAUCGUUUUAUAAUGCAGAAGAUGAAUCGAACGUUCUUCUUCCAAGGUUACCUCCACUGCCGAAAACUUAUAAUGCCACUGCAAAAAUUUUCAGUGAGGAGAAAUCUGAUGAAAUCUUGAAGCUUUUGGGAGAUGUAAGGCUUAAUGCUUUGGUUCUCGGUGGAGACUCAGGGCAGAUUGAGAUCUAUGCCUAUGGGAUGUACAAGAUUGCAACAAUUACAGAGGUGUAUGGUUCCUGCCUUGGCUUGUGCUUGUCCAGCGACCUAAAGUCCCUUUCUGUGGUUACUGAGCUUGCCACAAACACUACACCAGAGAUCACCUAUUUCCAGCUGGACACUAGUUUAUUAUCUGAUUACUUACCUGAGGUUACCCGAAUGGCCAGAAAAUUUACCCACAUUUCAACUCUUCUUCAGUAUUUAACGUUAUCGUUGACGUGUAUGUGUGAAGCUUGGGAAGAAAUUCUGGUGCAGAUGGAUUCUCGAUUAACAAAAUUUGUGCAGGAGAAAAAUACGACCACCUCCGUUCACGAUGAGUUCAUGCAGCUCCUCUUGUGGGGUAAAGCAAGUCCUGAGCUCCAGGCGUUACUGAUGAAUCAACUGACUGUGAAAGGCUUAAAGAAACUUGGACAGUCCGUCGAGUCUUCUUACUCCACUAUUCAAAAACUAGUAAUCAGUCACUUACAAAGUGGAGCUGAGGCUUUGCUGUACCACCUUAGUGAGCUGAAAGGGAUGGCCUUGUGGAAGCAGAAGUACGAGCCUCUUGGUCUUGAUUCCAAGGCAAUUGAAGAUGCAAUUACAUCUGUUGGCUCCUUCAUUCUUAAAGCAAAUGAGCUUCUACAAGUUAUAGACAGCGGUAUGAAAAACUUCAAAGCAUUCUUUCGCUGGUUGUACGUAGCUAUGUUACGUAUGUCCGAAGAUCAUGUUCUUCCUGAAUUGAACAAGAUGACUCAGAAAGACAUCACUUUUGUAGCAGACUUUCUUACUGAACACUUCAAUGAGGCACCAGACUUGUAUAACCAGAAAGGCAAAUACUUCAACGUAGAAAGAGUUGGUCAGUAUUUGAAAGAUGAAGAUGAGAACCUGAUGUCACCACCAAGUACAGAGGGUAACCAGUGGUUCAACUUCCUCCAGAACAGUGCACCUCUCAAAGAAAGUCCUCUGUUGUUCCGUUACAAUCCAGAAAAGUCUCUUCACUUCAUGAAACGACAGAUGGUAUCUGUUAUUGACCAGUGUCUGACAAAACCAACUGAUGUUAUAGGAAAGUCUGUUCAACAAAAACAGUGUAUAUCUUUAUACCACACAUCAAAGAGUGAAGAAUCCUGUCCAAGGCUGAUCUCCCUGCCCUGCCUCUGGAAUGACCGAUCGCGCAAUCUGCACUAUGUCAUGUUCCGCAUGCUGGAGUCCUCCGCCAGCAAGAUGAUCAUUCUCAGACAAUCCACAGAUUUAUCAAGAGCUACGAGUGAAGAUAUUGUGGCUGUUGAAUUUGGGAAUUCUUUAAACAGCACAAGUGAGAAUUCAGAAACCAGCCGGUACAGAUUUCUAGAUGCUCGCUUCUAUGAAGAUGAUGUUGUCACUGUGAUUCUGAGAGAUAACACUGAGCAAGAAGGGAAGGAUAGGAUAUUGGCUCUGCUCCCAUUGUCCUCCGUGUAUUCUGAUGAAGCUACAGAAUACCGGUUCAUCAGAGAUCCAACCAAGAGAGUAGAAGAGCAGUGUGCUGACAUUCCCACCCGCACCGUGUUCUUGGAGAGUCAGUGGCGCCUGAUGGAAAAUAUGAAAGCUCAGUAUGUGUCUGUGAACGGAAUACGCAAGGUAGCAUGUGUGCUGAGCUCCAACUUGCGACACGUCCGAGUGUUUGAGAUGGAUGUGGAAGAUGAUGGUGAAGCUGAUGAGGAAGAAGAGGGGGAAUCUCAUUCUCAGGAUGUAACAGGGGAAGAGAGAGAGUUCUAUCAGUCUACGGAUGAUGCACAGAACAGUUGCCAGGAAGCUGCAGAUGUGACGGAAGAAAGUCUGGAACCUUGAGUUCAAUUACAGUGUUGUGCAUUUAUGGACACCUUCCCUUUAAUAAAACAUUCCCUCUCUAUAUAUUUCACA